AUGAAAGCUGGCAACUCCUGGCUUUGGGUCCCGUCCUACUUUUCUCUUCAAUUGCCCCCUUUCUUGGUUCUCACUUUCUUUCAAUUAAUCACCGAAAACACAUCUUUAGAUGGAAAAGUCUGUAAAUUAAAGGUUCAGACGCAUAAGGUCUGGCCAUGCCCUGUCCCCACAUACCCCCCCAUAGUCGAUACAAAAACUGUCAUCAAUUCCCUUCAAAGUCCAAAACUUGCACCAUUUAACUUCUCCAAUUUCAUCAUCAACUGCCAAAAGACAAACGCGUUAUCAAGCUGGCACUCGCUCCACUCACACCAUCCCCAUAAUUUGACUUCAUCACCAACCCACUAUAUAUAUCCACCAACACUUCUCUCUUCUCCACCAAUUCACCAAACAACAAUUCACCUCUUGUUUCUCAAACAACAUAAACAAAUGGCAUCCCUUACAUCUUCAUGCCUUCUUUUCACCCUUUUUCUCACUAUCUCCAUUCUUCAGCUGAGUUCAGCCAGGAGACUCACUGGCUCAGACACCCAAUUGCAAUUCCAAUACCACAAAGGCCCUCUCCUCACAGGCAAAAUCUCAGUUAACCUCAUUUGGUAUGGCAACUUCAAGCCUUCCCAAAAAGCCAUCAUCACUGACUUCAUCACCUCCCUCUCCUCUCCCAAACCCGUCACCGCCCAACCAUCCGUCGCCACGUGGUGGAAAGCCACUGAAAAGUACUACAAAAGCUCAUCCCCCAAACUCGCCCUUUCCCUGGGCUCUCAAAUCGUGGAUCAGAACUACUCCUUAGGCAAAUCUCUCACCACUAAUCAAAUCCUCAAGCUCGCAGCCAAGGGUCCACAGGCCAACGCAAUCAACGUGGUUCUCACGUCCGCUGACGUGGCAGUGGAGGGGUUCUGUUCCAGUAGGUGCGGAACUCACGGGUCCUCCGUGGGGGCGCGCGUGAACGGGAAGAGGUCCAAGUUCGCGUACAUCUGGGUGGGUAACUCUGAAACCCAAUGCCCGGGUCAAUGCGCCUGGCCAUUCCACCAACCCAUUUACGGUCCCCAGAAUCCACCUUUGGUUGCACCCAACAACGAUGUUGGUCUCGACGGCAUGAUCAUCAACGUGGCUAGUCUCUUGGCUGGCACUGCCACCAACCCAUUCGGGAACGGGUACUUCCAGGGACCCAAAGAGGCUCCCUUGGAAGCUGGUUCCGCCUGCACUGGGGUGUACGGUAAGGGUGCGUACCCCGGCUAUGCAGGGAACCUCUUGGUGGACCCCACAACUGGUGCCAGCUACAAUGCCAAUGGGGUCAACGGCAGGAAGUAUCUGCUGCCAGCUCUGGUUGACCCUAAAACCUCAGCUUGUUCAACGCUCGUGUAA